AUGAAGGCCUUCUUGCUGCUGCAGGUUGUCCAAGGCCGCAAGUCCGCGGCACCGCUGCUGGCACGCAUCGCGGAGAGGCCCGAGUCGCGCUUGGGGCAGCUUCUGUGCGUUUUGGGGGACGUCGCAGGCCCUGCACCGGCGAUCACUCCCCUCCCACCAUUGCACUCCGACCCCCAUCCACUGACUGUCCACCUCCGAGUCGACGGGAUGGGCCCUCAACGGAGGACGGCCGACGUCGUGGCCAAACAGCUGACGGAGGACCACAUCGAGCGGCACCACCCCGGCUGGGCAAGGGUGUACACCGACGGCUCCGUGCGGCCCAGCGACGGCUCGUCGACGGCGGCUGUCUUUGUGGAGAGGGCAGACCUGGGCGUGGGCGAACGGUUCGCCUUCCACGCCACCAGCACCACCACGGAGCUGGCGGCGAUCCUUCUGGCGCUGCGCCUGAUCCACUACAAGAGCCGACGCCCGGACAGCUGGCUGCUGCUCUCCGACUCCCAGGCGGCCCUGUCUCAGCUGUACGGGCUCGAGGGGGCAUGCCCCCUCGCUCGGGAGAUCGCUGGUGAGGCUCUGCUUCUCGGCGGCCUCGGCCACCGCUUGGCGUUCCAGUGGGUCCCGAGCCACUGCGGGAUUCCUGGCAACGAGCGCGCGGACGCCCUGGCGGACCGGGUCCAUGACGCCGCCGAGUUCCGGACGUCGGACGUGGGCCCCUUCGCCGACGCCAAGCUUCUUAUCGCACGGGAGGCCGCCGCAAACCACCCGGACGAGCGGUACGCGGCCGGGGACCGACCGGCGAAGCCCCCUCGGGGCACGGGCCGUCCAGCCGCCGCAGUCGUCCACAGGAUCCGGACGGGGUGCGCCCUGACGCCGGCACGGAUGCAUCUCCUGCGCAACGAGGCCGACCCGGAAUGCCCGACCUGCGGAGAAUGGUCGGAUCUCGACCACCUCCUCCUGACCUGCCCGGCACACGCUGACGCCCGGGCGGCCAUGACAACAUCCCUCGCCGCACUGGGGCUGCCCUGCAACACCACAGAACAAAUACUGAGACCCAGGGGCGACCGGCGCGGCAAAGACCGCAUGACCGACGACUGCGAGGGCGGAGACGGCGAUCAACUUGACGGGACCGUGACCGCCACCCCCGCAACAAUCGACCCGGCCGUGCGCCGACGCGGCAAAAACAGCAAACAGCAACGCCCCAAAGCAACUCAGAAACCACCCGCGCGGCCAACCAUCCGACCAGGUGAGAGGAUCACCGUCCUCGUCCGACCCACCGGGACUAAGGGUCAGUUUAACGCGACAAACAAACUAAAAAUCGCGAGGGCUUUAACACUGGCUACCAACGGAAGGGCCCUCGCGACUCGCGUAAAUACGCGACGCAACGUGGCCGCUGUCGACCUCGACUCCCCGGAAGCGAUCGACAUCAUGCUCGGAGUGAAAGUCCUGCACAACAUCGCAGUGACAACCUACCUGAGCAAACCGACGGCCCAGAGCAGAGGUAUUGUCCGCCCCCGUUUCGAGGCGGAGACGGCCGAGGUGGUCGAAGUGCGGCGCUUGCGGCAGACUGGGACACACCCGAAGAGCCUGCCGAGAGAAGAACCGGUGCCCGUACUGCUGCGGCGCCCACCCCAAGAACAUCUGCCGCAGGGACACAACAAGGUGCCCAAACUGCGACGGCGACCAUGA